AUGCCACACAGCUAUCGAUCAGUGGCCCCGGACUCGCGGGAGUCGAACGCCUCCGCCGCCUCGCUCGCGGACGAGUGGCACGAGCCGUCGAGCGCCGUCGACCUGAGCUCGCUCUUGGCUGCCGACCCACUUACGCCCGAGCCGGGGCUGGACGGCCGGAGAAGCCUCUCGCCGGCGACGGACGCGCUGCUGGAGACGCCGCGAACGCCGGACCUCUCGCGACGCCGCUCGAUGGCGGUCGCGGAGCGCGGCCGCGCCAACUCGGCGCCGCUGCCGUCGCCGCGUGCGCGAAGGCGGGCGUCCGAUGGCGGGCAGGCGACGGCGAAGCGGUGGCCGGCGGCGAUGCGGCGGCUGCGGCAGGUGGUCGAGGAGCGGAAGCCGGGCGCGAGCGUCGAGCGGGCGCGGCGGCUCGCGCGCACCGCCGCCUCCGAGCUUCAGCGGCCGCGGCAGGCCGUCGGGAAGGCUCGCACCGCCGCCGCUCGCACCGCCGCCGUCAAGCACGCGCGGCAGGAGCGCUCGAUCUCCAACGGCCAGUACUACGUCCUGCUGAUCGCGUCGCUGCUGCUGCUCGCGACCGCCUCGUUCCGCGUCGCCUACCUGGCGCUGGAGGCGAUCACACACGGGCUGCGCUGGAGCCGGCUGCUCUGGUCGUCGCAGCACGAGGAGUUCCGCGUCUGGACGGGGAUGGUGUGCUCCGACCCGUGGCAGGCGGAGACGGUGCUUUGCCAGGCGGCGGGCGGGUCGUGGCUCGCGCGGGAGCUGAUCCGGGCUAAGCUGGCCACCGCCGAG